UGCCUUGGGAGCCACUGCACGAGGUUCUUUACAGGUCUAGAUCACACAGGCGUGUAGAGCUGGGUUUGGAAAUACCGGUAUAGAGCGUCCUGGAUUCACGAACAAAGGAACUCGCGGUGCGCUCUAUUCUGCGAUAAGACGAUAGUAAUGAAUGCUUGUCGUACAAGACUACUGUCUUAGGAUGUCUACUUCCGAUUCGGACUGUUCCAUAGACUGGUUAGCCAGCGAUGAUGAUGACAGUGUUUUUGAGUCCGAAAGCGAUGGACAGGCGAGGACUUCCCCUUUGCCACAGCACUCCUGCCGUUCCAGCGAGACUCCGCCCAGUUUAACUCACACCUGCCCUACGAGUGAGCAGAAACACAGCCUGGACAGGGAGCACUUCCAUUUACCUGGAGACUCUGAUCAGUGUAAUGAAGGAGUUCCCUCGAGCUGCAAUUCACACCUUGCCAAAAGCGAUGUGUCCUGGAAAAGGAGGAGCGAUUCGGGACCGCAGGAAGCAGCCGUUUCCACGGUGUGUAUGAAUAUUGACCAGUCUGAAUGCUUGCACAGUAAUAUGGCCAAACAGACUCUGAAAAGGAAAAUGAGCACAAGGGAAUUGGAACAGAGAGAAGGCGCACACACGGGGUACUCGAAUAAGGAUGACAUGUUUGCUCACAAGUGUUUGGAGCUGCAGUGUUACAUCCAGCCACUGUCUUCAAUCUUGAUUGGCCUCCGAUCAGGGAGAUACAGUAAAGGUUUAAGCAGUUUCCAAGAGAGUGUUGCUAUGGACAGAAUCCAGAGAAUAAUGGGCGUUCUGCAGAAUCCACACAUGGGUGAGCGGUACAUAAAGAUCCUUCUUCAGGUGGAGGUGAUGCUGAAGAAUUGGUUCCCUGGUGUCCAAGUCACAAAUGAUACAAAGGAUGAAACUACAAUCUCAAAAAAACUAAAGAUGUGUACGGACACUGUGACCCCUGCAUCUGCAGUCAGUAUCCCAAAAGCAGACCCUGCACUUCCCAAUAUUCUUCCUUCAUGCAACAAAACCCAUGGAAAUGGUGAACCAGCUGCAUUUUCAGCCACAAACUUCAAAUGGCUCCAUACGUCACCUAUUUGUAGCUCCUCACUGGGGCUUGCACCAGGUAGACACAGAACCACCCCUGGAGGCCAGGACGUUAUGCAAGACAACAUGGUCUCCUCUAGCACAGACGCAUGGACAAACCCCAGCCACUGCAGACCACCAACCAGCAAAAUGAAUGCUCCGUGUUUAGAAAGACUGUUGCAAUCCAGGGAUAGUAUUAUCAGUGAUAAAGGCAAAAGGAGUACAACAGAAACAAGCGGCUCUUUGUAAGAAAACUCCACUGUGUUUUUUUGAAGGAUGUAAAGCAUUUGUAUGAGACAUCAAUGUUUGCACAACUGCUGUUUUGCAGUGUAAUAAAUUCCUAGCCUUGUGAAAAACCCUGAUGCAUAAUACUGGAUAGGUUGUCUCUUCAGGUACAAAGAUUGUCCUUCCAGUAUGGUACAUUAGGGUCUUUGCAUGAAUAUUUGUAGAAUCAACCAUCUGUUAAGGGAAUGCAGUCUGAAUAAGGUGUGACAGGAACAUUAGUUACUAAGGUAUUCAGAUACUAAAAAAAAUGACGUGAUCAAUGUAGCAUGUCGUCCUAGAAUAUUCAUAGAUAUCUGAAAGGGGGUGUUGAAUGUAAGAUUUAAAGCAGUACGUUGUGAGUUAAUGAUGUGACUGCUACCAUGUAUUAGACUUUACAUGUAGUUCAAAUGUACAUAUACAACAUUACUACCUCGACCUGGCACUGUCAAGGCAAAAAAACUAACACCUACUCUGUGGCAAAUGUAAUGCCUUUCUUGCAGUACACAUAGUAAAAUAAUCAGUGUGAAGCUAUAAACAGCUAUUGCUACUUAUUUCAGUUGUACAAAUAGUAAAAUAAGCAUGGAUAUGGUGUUGCUUUUAAACCCUGCAUAGUGCCAUUGUGAAGAAUGUGAAAUACAGUAUAUGUUUUGAAAGUCUCUUGGUACCAGUUUAUCUGAUCUGUUCAGGUUUACCUGUAUACUGUAGCCAAUAGUGAUAAAAUGACAACUUUGAGAGGACCUCUAAAGGAUCUUUAUAUCCUAGAACCUUCCUUUGGAAUUUGCCAUUUUCUGUAUUACAAGUACAUUAUUCAACCCUGCCAACUGUACUGUCAUCAAGUGUAACACAGUAGCAUUUAUGUUGGCACAGUUAGGGAAUGUGUACAGGUAAAGGGAGUGGGAAAUAUUUGUAAAUAUUACUAACCAUGUCCAGGUUGUUAAUUUACACUACAAAAGUGGCCUUUUAAGGUGUGGUAUUUUAUACUUUGAAAUAAAUGUGGUUGUAUUAA